GAAAAUGACACUUUUUUAUUUAUCCCCUUUUCAAGCUAUACAAAAUGUGGCCUUAUUCCUUCGCGGCCUUGGAUUGUGAAAAUGAAAGUAGAAUUUCAUGAUGACUGCAGAAGAGGUUGAGUCACUGAAGAACCAAGGCAAUGAAUGCAUCCGUAAAGAAAAUUUUGCGGAGGCAACUAUUCAUUACACUCAUGCCAUCCAGAAAGAUGCUAAGAACCACUUGUUGUACAGCAACAGAUCGCUGGCAUUUCUGAAGCUGCAGCAGUACUACUACGCCUUAGAGGAUGCAAAGGAGACCAUUAAACUACAACCUUACUGGGCUAAGGGCUAUUUCCGGAAGGGGGAAGUGUUAUUUGCUGUAGGGAACUAUGAGACAGCCCUGUUGUCAUAUGAGCAAGCAUUUAAAAUUGAACCAAAUGACAAAGGCCUAACUGAAGCCAUCAGUAGAACCAAGAAAGAAAUAAUAAAGAUCAGGAAAGAUGAAGCAUGGCGCCCCUGGAUUUGGGGUGGAGGUGGAUGUUUACUGGGGGUAGUGGUUGUGUUGUGUGAUCAAUUUGUGGCAGACAAACCAACUCUACAGAACAUAAUCCUGCAGGUUUUAUUGGUAGCGGUGUUUUGUGGCCUUUCUCUACUGUUGUGCUCUGCUUACAAAUUCAUACAUAACAAUGACAAGACAGCAUUGCUGGAACCACCCAUUGAUUUAUUUGGAGAUUCUGGCAACACACAGAAGGAAAGUGAAAGUAAAACUUCAGAAGAAGGACGAAAGUCAGAAAAACCCACACACAGACGUGGAGGGGCAGGGUCCGCUCGGCAGAGAUACAAAAUGGGAAAGUCAUGAUGACUGUGUUACUAUGGAUACACAACUGUGUUACGCAGCAUCAACAGUGAAUGUUGAUGGACAUGAUGUAAUGAAUAUAUUGUAUAUAUGUCUGACUGUUUGUCAGCAAGAUUGAUGGACCACUGUCAAGUUUAAUUGUUGUGUUCAGCUUCGUCAUUCAUUGUUACUGCAAGUCAAAUUAUUUAUGUUCUCUGUAUUUAUUUUCACACACAUUUUCUUUUUUUUUUCUUUUUGUACAACAUAUUCCUAGAAAAUGAAUUGAAUUCAGGAAAAUUUA